AUUGCCGAAUUUGCCGCCGAUUUUUGUCUGUAAACGAAGAUAGGAUCUUCUCCCACUGGUGGAUGAACUGAAAGUUUUCGAAUCGACAAUGGAGAUGGAUUCCGACCAACGAAGUCGAUCUGCUUCUUAUUACGGCAUCCUUGGCGUUGAUAAGAAUUCCUCAAUCAAUGAGAUAAGAAGCGCCUACCGGAAGCUUGCUAUGCAAUGGCAUCCAGACAAGUGGACGAGAAAUCUGUCGGUGUUAGAAGAAGCGAAGCGUAAAUUCCAGCAAAUUCAGGAGGCAUAUUCCGUUUUAUCGGAUCGGAGGAAGAGAACAAUGUACGAUGCUGGCUUACAUGAUCCGUACAACGAUGAAGAUGAAGAAGAGGAGGGCUUCGUGGAUUUCUUACAGGAAAUGGUAUCGCUAAUGGCGGACGUUGAGAGAGAGGAGAAAGAUUACAGUAUGGAGGAGCUGCAGCAGAUGUUCGAGGAGAUGGCUCAAGGGUACGACAGCUGUUCUACUUCUACAUGGUACGGUGGACCCCCCUCAUUUUUCCAAGUGAAAGAAGAAAAAGACUCCUCUUGUAGACAGUUGAAGAAAAGGGCAAGAAUGGACUCCAAAUCGACGGUGGAGAAAGAUUCAUCUGUAAACGCGUCAGGCUUAGAAACGUUUGGAAGGACGAGUUUUGCCAAUUAGCCACCCCCCGCUCGUUCCUAUGAU